AUGCGGGCAACAACAUUUGGCAAAGACGGGCAGAUCCAAUCUAUGUGCUUCCCACAGGACCACCCUGAUCCGGCUCUUAAAAGACAGCCAAAAGAGCUGAAAAUUGUGCUGCAAGAACUUGGUCUGUGGAGAAACGGGUUGCGACUUAAAUGCAAAGAUGAGUGUGAGGACUCGAGGAUUUGCUGCGCUUGUUCCAUCAAGGCCAAUAAACUUGGUUUUGUUGGUCAGGCCGGAAUGCUUAAGGAGCUUAUCGUUGAAAAAGGCUACAAGACCAUCUUAUACCCACAACUUUAUAUAGAGCUCAAUUAUUACGAAAAAUGUGGGGUGCGGCAAAGCGGCGUGUCAGGACGCAUUGCGACUACACGUGGUGUGGUCUACAAGAAACGCUGA